AUGCGCGUUUGCAGGUCGACUGUCUCGAAGAGGAUUGCCGCGACAUAUGCCGACGUAAGAGCUCCCUCGGGCACUCCAUACAGCCUGUGGACUGUGCCGAAUGCCACGGACAUGAUCCUUGCCUCCUUCCACUCCUCGACACUGUCGACCCGCAAGUAUAUGGAGAUCAUUAAUUACAAAAUCGAUGCCGACCUGAAGCACUCGGACAUGCACUGCAUGCCCCAUCCGAUGAAGUACGUUGCCCACCUAAUGGCCCAUUGCAAGAAAAAUAAGUUCGACGCGGAAGACAUAUGCCCCAGGCCAGUCCUCCACUACACCAUGGAGGGUCCGGACCGGCAAGACUCAGAUUCUGCUUUCCGUGUCCUUGGCGACUUGCGCCUGCUCCUGCCAACGAUCCUGCUCAUCCGAGUGUGGUCCAUCAUCGAAUGGGACUGA